AUGAGGAAAAGGGAGAGCCUGAGUGUCCAAAGGGACAUUUUUAGAGCUAAGAGCCAAGAAGAGAAACCUGUGGGCAGGUUUUAUUGGGAUUUAAUAAUGCUUAUCAUGAUGGUUGGCAAUCUGGUCAUCAUACCCGUUGGAAUCACGUUCUUCACAGAACAAACAACAACACCGUGGAUUAUUUUCAAUGUGGCCUCAGAUACAGUUUUCCUCUUGGACCUGAUCAUGAAUUUUAGGACUGGGACUGUCAACGAGGACAGCUCUGAAAUUAUCCUGGACCCUAAAGUGAUCAAGAUGAAUUAUUUAAAAAGCUGGUUUGUGGUGGACUUCAUCUCAUCAAUCCCAGUGGAUUAUAUCUUCCUCAUUGUAGAAAAGGGAAUGGAUUCAGAAGUUUACAAGACGGCCAGGGCACUUCGCAUCGUGAGGUUUACAAAAAUUCUCAGUCUCCUGCGUUUAUUACGACUUUCAAGAUUAAUUAGAUACAUACAUCAGUGGGAAGAGAUGCAUGUUCCUUUCCUGUUGAUGGACAUGAACGUCUAUGGGGAACAGUCGGUGUCAGCUUUUGCCAUUGCAUCUGCUUGUACACAGAUACAGAGUUCUAAACACAGUGGGUUAUCAGAGCCUGCCUGUCCACCAACAGUCCUCCAUGCACUAAAUCCACUAAGUAAUUUCAAGGGAAUAGCCAUUCUUCGCUCCCAAGCAUGGACUGAGUAG